CUGGGAAGGUGUGUUAUUUCCCUACGGCGGGCAGAGCGUGGUCUGCGCUCUUUCUGUGGCGGAGUCUCGUACCUGCGGUGGUCGUGAUCGCGCCGAUCGCUCUUCGGGCUCACCCACCAGCUGAGACGCGAGACUCAUCUUUCAAGAGGACUUGAGACUAAUUGCAGAUAAUUAAGGUGAUACCGUGUUAAGCAGAUUUCAUACGCUUGCGCUGUUUAUGACUUUGAUAGAAAAGAUGCCUUCUGCGUCCUGUGAUACCCUGCUGGAUGACAUAGAAGAUAUCGUAUCCCAGGAAGAUUCAAAGCCACAAGAUAGACAUUCUUCAAGAAGGCACGUCGUUCCAAAGGUGCGAAGGCGAAACACCCAGUCAUACCUGCAAGAGGAAACCAGCCCACCGAGUGACAGCACUAUUCCAGGCAUACAGAAAAUUUGGAUACGAACAUGGGGCUGUUCACAUAAUAAUUCAGAUGGAGAGUAUAUGGCUGGACAGCUAGCUGCUUAUGGCUAUAAAAUUACAGAAAAUGCAUCCGAUGCAGAUUUAUGGCUCCUGAACAGUUGCACUGUAAAAAACCCAGCUGAAGACCACUUUAGAAACUCAAUUAAAAAAGCCCAAGAGGAGAACAAGAAAGUCGUGCUGGCCGGAUGUGUGCCCCAGGCGCAGCCUCGCCAGGACUACCUCAAAGGCCUGAGCAUCAUCGGGGUUCAACAGAUAGACCGCGUGGUGGAAGUUGUGGAGGAAACAAUUAAAGGUCACUCUGUGAGACUGCUGGGUCAGAAGAAGGAUAAUGGAAAGCGACUCGGGGGAGCACGAUUGGAUUUGCCAAAGAUCAGGAAGAAUCCACUGAUAGAAAUAAUCUCCAUCAACACUGGGUGUCUCAAUGCAUGUACGUACUGCAAAACUAAACACGCCAGAGGAAAUUUGGCCAGUUAUCCCAUUGACGAACUAGUAGAUAGAGCCAGACAGUCUUUUCAAGAGGGUGUCUGUGAGAUCUGGUUGACCAGCGAAGACACGGGGGCCUACGGCAGGGAUAUUGGCACCGACCUCCCCACACUCCUGUGGAAGCUGAUCGAAGUGAUUCCUGAGGGAGCGAUGCUGCGGCUCGGCAUGACAAACCCCCCCUACAUCCUAGAGCAUCUGGAGGAAAUGGCGAAAAUCCUUAAUCACCCCCGCGUCUACUCUUUUCUGCACAUACCCGUCCAGUCCGCCUCUGACAGCGUGCUCAUGGCAAUGAAAAGAGAAUACUGCGUGGCUGACUUCAAAAGAGUUGUGGAUUUUCUGAAAGAGAAAGUUCCUGGAAUAACGAUUGCCACAGACAUCAUCUGUGGUUUUCCUGGAGAAACAGAAGAGGAUUUUCAAGAAACAGUGAAGCUGGUUGAAGAGUACAGAUUUCCAAGCCUCUUCAUUAACCAGUUUUACCCAAGACCAGGAACGCCUGCUGCGAAACUGGAGCAGGUUCCUGCACAAGUGAAGAAGCACAGGACCAAAGACCUCUCUCGCGUGUUUCACUCCUACAAUCCGUACGACCACAAGAUCGGUGAACGACAACAAGUGUUAGUAACAGAAGAAUCUUUUGAUUCCAAGUUUUAUGUUGCACACAAUCGCUUCUAUGAGCAGGUUUUAGUGCCAAAGAACCCUCCAUUCAUGGGGAAGAUGGUUGAAGUGGACAUUUAUGAAUCAGGAAAGCAUUUCAUGAAAGGACAGCCAGUAUUAGACGCCAAAGUGUACACGCCAUCCAUCAGCAAACCGCUCGCCAGAGGAGAAGUCUCAGGCUUAAGGCAGGAAUUCAGAAAUAGGCGUGGGACUCCGGGUUCGAUGCACCCUACCUCUGCUGCAGCCCGCCGCGACUCUGGGAGGUCCAGAAUGGCUCUGCAGGUGCAGGGGCUCCAUCCAGACUGUGCGCUGGGGGCGGCCGUGGGUCUGGCUCUGGCCGCCCUUCUUUUUGCAUUUUUCAUCAAGGUCUAUAAUUAGAACUCGCCUCAGCGGAGCAGCUGUGAAGGACACAUUUCUAAGACGUUCAGAGAACAGGGGGACAACCCCCUGGCUCUCAGAGGGCAGCGUCCUCGGCAGCCCCAUUCUAACAAGGCUCACCUGUCUCACCUCGAGCUGGGCCCUUUGCUAUUCCACCCACAACCGAAUCACAGCUGGCAUCGCACAACUUUCAAAUUAGACUCCUUUGGGCGUUUUUCUUGCAAGAAAUGCAAGUGAUUGGGUGGAAAAAAUGCCACCUUCAAGUUCAAACCUAACUAUAUGACAACUCCAGUCCUAUUUUCCUUAUGUGGAAGAAUUUUGGAUCCUAAUAAACACUUUUAGCUCUAUCUUCCUCUUCAUCUCUGUUUGGAGUCCCUGUGCUGCCAACACUUCACAGGAGAUGUGUACCUGGAAAGUUUGUAUAGAAGAAACCCAUUUUUAGAACUUGAAUCCUUUCAGACUGUGGAGAGUACUGGCCACUUCAAGGACCCUUGCCAGUGUUUUGUGAGAUGCGAGAACCGUCCACUCACCAGCACACACAGACUUUGAAAGUGGACUUGUCCAAAACCAUGUCCCUUUUUGGACAUUUUGGAUCAAUUAGGUCAUUUUUAUUUCUACCUGAUACCUUGGUCUUCACUCAGCAAUUUCCUUCACAGAAGGUGUAGAUGUCAUGAGCAGGCCUUUUAUCAGGAUUUAAACACAGCCCGUGGUUUGUGUAAGUACAGGAAAGCAGCUGCCUGUGGUCCCCAUAGAUGGUCUCAGCUCCAAAUCUAGACCUCAUCGAGCUCCUCCUAUAACGUGUCCUCUACGGAGCCCUAACUAAAAUUUAUGUCAUCGGUUGAUGAAUUAAAAAUAUCCUAGCCAGGCACGAUGGCGCAUACCUGUAACCCCAGCAGCUCAGGAGGCUGAGGCAGGAGGAUUGUGAGUUCAAAGCCAGCCUCAGCCAUGGUGAGGCACUAAGCAACCCAGGGAGACCCUGUGUCUAAAUAAAAUACAAAAAAGGGCUGGAGAUGUGGCUCAGUGGUCGAGUGUCCCUGAGUUCAACCCCUAGUACAAAAAAAUAUAUACAGAUGUGCACACACCCUGGGAGGGUGGUACAUUGCUCCUGUGCCCACUGUGCACCUCCAUGAUUGAACUCUUCGCCCACGCGGGUCUGUGUUAAUGAGGCAGAUGGGUUCCACCAUGCAACUCACUUAACAAAAACCUCUGCAGAGCUUAGAUCACGCUGUGUGGGACACAGGGUGUGUCACACCUACAACUCGUUAGAGACAAGGGGGGUUGUGUUUUUUAAGUAGUCUUUUCAGAUCUGCCCUUGUGGGGGAGACACAGGGAGUGAACCAGGGGCGCGCCACCACGUCCCCACCCCUUUCUGGGACAGGGUCUUGCUUGGAGCUCUCGCUCCUCCUCAGCCUCCUGCGUCUCUGGGAUUACAGGCCUGUGCCACCACGCCCGGUGACAAGGGCUCCCCUCCUUCCCUCUCACUCCCGCGUUUCCUGGCCACCUCUAGCCCCACACUUUCCUCUCCUCCUGUCCUUUAUUUUCCUGCCCCCCCAAAAAUGACACACCCUCCCAUUCAGCAGCCUCACCCGUUAGCCCCACGCGUGGUCGGUUCAUGUGACAGGACCCUCCCCGAGACAGACUGGCCUCAGUGGGGCUGUGACUCCAGUGUGCCCUCUGGUGCAGAGAGGACCCAAAGCCCCCGUCCUGCAGCGGGCCCGGACCACAGCCCCACGCCAGCCACACUGCUGGGGAGCGGUUGGCCGGCCGUGGCCGCGCUCUGCAGCUCGGACUUCCUCUUCCCCGUGAGCUCCUGCUGGAGGGUUGGGGGCGGGAGGGGCAGGACGAGGAGAAAACAGCCCUCUUGGGACGGGAGUGGCACGGGCUGAGCCUGGAGCCGAGGAGCAGGUGUCCCCCGGGCACUCCUACCUGUCCCUCACCUGCCCCAGGGCAGCCGAGUGUCUGCCCCUCUGAACGCGGGGCUUGCGUAGCCAGUGGGAUGAGCAGACGGCCCUGACCGUCUUUGGGACAGUCACCUUCAGAGCCCAGUGCUGCGCCACACGCUGCUCCUGCUGUGGUGGCCUCUGGACCACGGCAGGACGAGACCUUCCUCAGCCUGGGUCCCCGCGCGAGUGCCCGGGCAGAGCCCCCGCCAGCUUGCGCUCCUGCUUGAUGAGCAGUAAGGUGCCACCGUCAGCUGCUGGGAUGGAAGGACUGUCACCCUCGCGUGACCUCAUUCCGAGGACGGAGGCGGGCGCACCGGCCUGCAGGUUGUGGGGGUAGUUGUCGCUGUGCCUCGCGUUUCCUUUUUGUGUUCUCUAAGCACCACAAUCUUUUUUCCCUCUUUUUCUAAUGUCUGUUCUCUAGCUUUUCUGCUAGGAGGGAAACCUAUAAAGAGGUUUUUCAAUGUUUUGGCCAGUUUUUCUUAAACUAUUAGAGUGAAACAGAUGAAAACGUACAUAGUUUGCAAGAAUUUUCAAAACGUGAGUCCGCACUGCAGCCAGCCUCGGACAGCUCGCGUGUGCUCCGAGCCACGAACUCCACCCCAGAAGGUGACUGCUGCCUUGCUCGCCAAUUCCCGCCUGCAGAUUUUUGGCCUGUUCAUGACAUUUACAUAAAUGGAAUUGUACACCACGCCCAUUUCAUGU